CACAUUCGCUCUUUCUGUCAGUCCAGCACUCCUGAAUUGGAGGGUGCCACACUUCUAGGUGAGGGCAGUGGACCAAGGUUUAAACACUGCAGGAACAACAAAAAGCACAGCAACAGGAGAAAAAGAGCGUGGAUAGGCACGACUAGUCUAUCCAGAGAGGAUGGAGAACUCACACACAAAGACGACGCCAGAAUGCCUGGCUUACUUCGGGGUGAACGAGAACGUCGGCCUCUCUCCCGACCAGGUCAAGAAGAACUUGGACAAAUUUGGCUUCAAUGAGCUGCCCGCUGAGGAAGGCAAGAGCAUCUGGGAGCUGAUCUUUGAGCAGUUCGAGGACUUGCUCGUCAGGAUUUUGCUGCUGGCUGCAUGCAUCUCCUUUGUGCUGGCCUGGUUUGAAGAGGGCGAGGAGACCGUCACCGCCUUUGUGGAACCCUUCGUCAUCCUUCUUAUCCUCAUCGCUAACGCUAUUGUUGGUGUGUGGCAGGAGCGUAAUGCUGAAGACGCCAUCGAGGCUCUCAAGGAGUACGAGCCUGAGAUGGGCAAAGUUUACCGUUCUGACAGAAAGAGUGUGCAGAUGAUCAAGGCCAGAGAAAUUGUCCCCGGAGACAUUGUGGAGGUGUCUGUUGGUGACAAAGUCCCCGCUGACAUCAGGAUUGUUUCUAUCAAGUCCACCACCCUGCGUGUUGACCAGUCCAUCCUUACCGGUGAGUCUGUCAGUGUGAUCAAGCACACUGACGCUGUCCCUGACCUCAGAGCUGUCAACCAGGACAAGAAGAACAUGCUUUUCUCUGGCACCAACAUUGCUGCUGGCAAGGCCAUUGGUGUGGUUGCAGCCACCGGAGUCUCCACCGAGAUUGGCAAGAUCCGUGACCAGAUGGCUGCCACCGAGCAGGAGAAGACUCCUCUGCAGGCCAAGCUGGACGAGUUCGGCGAGCAGCUGUCCAAGGUCAUCUCACUGAUCUGUGUUGCUGUCUGGGCCAUCAACAUUGGGCACUUCAACGACCCAGUCCACGGAGGCUCAUGGAUCCGUGGUGCUGUCUAUUACUUCAAGAUUGCUGUUGCUCUGGCUGUGGCUGCCAUCCCUGAAGGUCUGCCAGCUGUCAUCACCACCUGCCUGGCUCUUGGUACCCGCCGUAUGGCCAAGAAGAACGCCAUCGUCAGAAGCCUGCCCUCUGUGGAGACCCUCGGCUGCACCUCCGUCAUCUGCUCCGACAAGACCGGCACCCUCACAACCAACCAGAUGUGUGUGACCAAGAUGUUUGUUGUCAAGAACGUUGAUGGGGACCAUGUUGACCUUGAUGCCUUUGACAUCUCUGGCUCCAAGUACACCCCUGAGGGCGAGGUUUCCUAUGGAGGUAACAAGGUGAACUGCAGCCAAUAUGAUGGCCUUGUUGAGCUGGCAACCAUCUGCGCUCUGUGCAAUGACUCCUCUCUGGACUACAAUGAGUCCAAGAAGAUCUAUGAGAAGGUCGGUGAGGCCACAGAGACUGCACUGUGCUGCCUGGUUGAGAAGAUGAACGUGUUUAACAGCAAUGUAAAGAGCCUGUCCAGGAUUGAGAGAGCCAACGCCUGCUGCAGUGUGAUUAAGCAGCUUAUGAAGAAGAACUUCACCCUAGAGUUCUCUCGUGACAGGAAGUCCAUGUCCGUGUACUGCACCGCAGGCAAGGGUGACGGUGGUGCCAAGAUGUUUGUUAAGGGUGCCCCGGAGGGUGUGAUUGAGAGGUGUGCCUAUGUACGUGUUGGCACCACACGUGUUCCCUUGACUAACGCCAUCAAGGACAAGAUCAUGGCCGUCAUCAGGGACUGGGGUACUGGCCGUGACACCCUGCGUUGUCUGGCUUUGGCCACCCAUGACCACCCACUGAAGCCAGAGGAGAUGAACCUUGAGGACUCAACCAAGUUUGCCGAUUAUGAGACUGAUCUGACCUUCGUUGGUUGCGUGGGUAUGCUUGAUCCCCCUCGUAAGGAGGUCACCAGCUCUAUCGAGCUGUGCAGAGCUGCUGGAAUCCGUGUCAUAAUGAUUACUGGUGACAACAAGGGAACAGCUAUUGCUAUCUGCCGUCGCAUUGGCAUCUUCGGUGAGGAUGAGGAUGUUUCUGGCAAGGCCUACACUGGCCGUGAGUUUGAUGAUUUGCCCCUGACCGAGCAGUCCGAAGCCGUGCGCAGGGCUUGCUGCUUUGCCCGUGUAGAGCCGUCCCACAAGUCCAAGAUUGUUGAGUUCCUUCAGAGUUUCGAUGACAUUACAGCUAUGACUGGUGACGGAGUGAACGAUGCCCCGGCCCUGAAGAAGGCCGAGAUCGGCAUCGCCAUGGGCUCUGGCACUGCCGUUGCCAAGUCUGCCUCUGAGAUGGUCCUGGCUGACGACAACUUCUCCUCCAUUGUGUCUGCUGUUGAGGAGGGCAGAGCUAUCUACAACAACAUGAAGCAGUUCAUCCGCUACCUUAUCUCCUCCAACGUUGGUGAGGUCGUCUGUAUCUUCCUGACUGCUGCUCUGGGUCUGCCUGAGGCUCUGAUCCCUGUCCAGCUGCUCUGGGUCAACCUGGUCACUGAUGGUCUGCCCGCCACUGCUCUGGGCUUCAACCCCCCUGAUCUGGACAUCAUGGGCAAGGCCCCACGUUCCCCCAAAGAGCCUUUGAUCUCUGGCUGGCUGUUCUUCAGAUACAUGGCUAUUGGAGGAUACGUUGGUGCUGCCACUGUUGGUGGUGCUGCCUGGUGGUUCCUCUAUGAUACCACUGGUCCCGGCAUUACCUACUACCAGCUGUCCCAUUUCAUGCAGUGCCACGGUGAGAACGAGGACUUUGCCGGCCUUGACUGUGAGCUCUUUGAGGCGACUCCACCCAUGACUAUGGCCCUGUCUGUGCUGGUCACCAUUGAGAUGUGCAACGCUCUUAACAGCUUGUCUGAGAACCAGUCUCUUCUGCGUAUGCCCCCAUGGAGCAACUUCUGGCUGCUCGCUGCCAUGACCCUGUCCAUGUCCCUGCACUUCAUGAUCAUCUAUGUUGACCCUCUGCCCAUGAUCUUCAAGCUGACCCAUCUGUCAGUUGAACAGUGGUUGAUGGUCCUGAAACUUUCCUUCCCUGUCAUCCUUAUUGAUGAGGUGUUGAAGUUCGUUGCCCGCAACUACGUUGAAAAGUAAAUUUGAGCAACACAUCACCGUUAACCUGUAACUAAAACAAGCAGGCACAGACGUUAAAAAGUAGAAAUGUAGAAGAAGAAGAAAGUCUUCUUGAAGAUAAAGCGGCGAAGAGAGAGAGAGAGAGAUCAUAACCAAAAGGGGGAGCCACAGUGAGCCAACCAAUAGAAGAGAAAAGAGAAGACACUGGAAAAUAAACUUAAAAAUUUAUAAAAAAGUAGCAAAAAGCUGCUGUAAAACAGCAUCCACCUAGAGAAGAAGAUUUAAUUAAAUUAAAGGAGAGAAUGCCUACUGACAAAGUAUUAAAAUAUUUAAGAUUUUAUUCUAAGACUUAAAGUAUGUAUUAAAGGUAAUUUGUUUUGUUAACUUUGGAUAUUUUCAGUUGUUGUGUUUUUGUGUCCUCUGUCCAUUUUCAUAUGACUGACUUUCCAGGUCAGUACUUUUAUUCUAGUCUUUGUUGCUCUUUGUCUUGUGCAGCCUCCCUUCUUUAGCCAGGCUCUGUACAGUGUGUUGUAGGGUUGCAAAAAUGACUUCAUAUGGGCAGAAAAAAUUUGUUUAAAGCAAGUGCCUCCAGCUGCCAGCGUUCUCUGUAGGUACCAUGCAGUCAGUGGACUCUGAUGGAGGUCUCAUGGCAUAAAAGGGCACGUUCACUCAGCCACAACACUUCUGGUCUUAUUUAUUGUUUACGUGAUAAGCUCUAAUAAAAUAAAGAUUACAAACUCA